AUGACCGAGACAGAAAUCCUGAAUCCUAACUAUGACAUAAAUAUUUGGAUGAGAACGUGCGAAGAAGAAGUUAAUGUGCCUUUGCAGGGUAAAGUAACAGGGGAAAUACCGCAAUGGCUUCAAGGAAGCCUCAUAAGAAAUGGUCCUGGAUGUAACAAAAUUGGCUCAUCCCAAUAUCAACAUGUGUUUGACGGCUUAGCUCUAUUGCAUAAAUUUACCGUCAAAGAUUGUAGAGUGACCUAUCAAUGUCGGUUCCUUCGUUCAGAAACUUAUAAGAAAAAUAAAGCUGCAAAUCGUAUCGUCAUUACAGAAUUUGGUACGAAAGCUAUUCCCGAUCCUUGUCAUACUAUAUUUGAUCGCAUAUCGUCAAUCUUUAAUUUCAAACUGGAGAAAACCGAUAAUGCAGCAGUCUCGAUUUAUCCUUUUGGAGAUCAAAUAUACGCGAUGACCGAAGUACCUACGCUUUAUAAAAUUGAUCCUGGAUCCCUUGAAACGUUGGGCUCUAAGCAACUAUCAGAUGCAUUGUUAGUAGCACACACAGCUCACCCUCAUGUUAUGCCUAACGGAGACGUCUAUAAUGUCGGUCUGAACGUUGUUAAAGGGAAUUUGAGUCAUGUUGUCGUCAAGUUUCCGUACAGUGAAAAAGGUGAUAUGUUUGAGGCCGCCGAAAUCGUAGGCAGCGCAAAACCACGAUGGCGACUUAACCCCGCUUACAUGCACUCGUUUGGUAUAACAGAAAACUACUUUGUUAUAAUAGAACAACCACUGUGCGUGUCUCUUAUAAAAAACUUUUGUCGUUAUAUCACCAAAAGGCCGAUUUCAUCGUCUCUGGUGACCUAUCCCGAUUAUGAGACAAACGUGAUAUUGAUACACCGGGAGACAGGUGCGGAGACACGUUACAGCACGGAUACAAUUUUCUUCAUGCACAUAAUAAAUUGCUUCGAAUCCGACGGACAGGUCAUGGUCGAUAUGUGUUCAUAUAAAGAUAGUAAAAUUUUGGAUGCUAUGUAUAUUGAAGCAUUACAAUCGAUGCAUAGUAACCCUGACUACGCUCAAUGGUGUCAAAGUCGCCCCAAGAGGAUAGUAAUACCUCUGGAUGCACCUACACUGAGUAAAGUCGAGACACGAGAUAUAGCAGACAUUGGUGUUGAAGCACCAAGGAUAAAUUAUGAAAUGUGUAAUGGUCGUCCUUACAGAUAUUUCUAUGGGAUUGGAUCAGAUGUGGAUACACAAUACUCUGGAUCGAUAAUCAAAGUAGACACAAAAACAGGCGAAUUUUUAAUUUGGCAUGAGCCUCAAUGCUCUCCAAGCGAGCCUAUAUUUAUUGCUCAUCCAGGUGCAAAAGAUGAAGACGAUGGUGUGUUGCUCAGUGCAGUGCUCUGGGGUAAAGAAGACCACGCCGUUACACUGUUAGUGUUAAAUGCUCGUAAUCUUAAAGAAAUAGCGCGCGCGCACUUUACCACGCCUUCACAAAUACCCAAGUGUUUUCAUGGUUGGUUUAUUCCUGAC